AGUUCACCUGCUUCUAUAUGGUUGUUAGACCACUGUCGCCCUCUUUUUACAUGUUGUUACUUCUCCUUCUCGACGGUCGUUUAUGAAAUUUGCACUACCCCUUACUCAGCUAGUAUCUCUUAUAUAUUCUAGCGGAGCCCGGCCACCCCAUCUAGGAAUCCGUACGGAGCAAUUCAUGCAAUUGGCACAAGCAACAUGUCGACCAUAGACCCCAACCAACGGUUCCUCACAACGCUCGACGGCACAGGCCUGAGCUUAUAUGUCGUAUCCAUCGUCGGCGGCACAAUGUCGCUGAUUGUGGUGGCCUUGAGAACACAUCAGCGGCUUAAGGCGGGGAGCUUCAAAGUGGAUGAUGGCCUGAUGGUUUUCGGUCUGGCCGUCUACCUCGUGGAUGUCGUCCUCGCCUGCAUGGGCGCCAGGAGCGGCCUUGGCACGCGCAAUGCAUACCUUAACCCGACGAUGAUGGUUGAAUCCAUCAAGUACUUGAUGCUCUGGAUGCUUCUGUAUAUCAUAGCGUUGUGCGCUGUCAAGGCAUCGAUUUGCUACACUACGCUACGGAUCGCCACCACCAUGCCCAGGCUGCGCAUGGCUGUCUACGCCCUGCUGGGGCUUACGGUUGCCUCGUUCCUGACAGCCUUCAUUGGCGUUCUUAUGCUGUGCCGCCCGGUCGCGGCCAACUGGGACCAGAGCCUCAUCGCCGAAGGCCGUGGCGAGUGCUCUUCGGUCACCUCCAUGCUGGCCUUGUCGUACACGUCGACCGCAGCCACCAUCGCCACGGACCUCGCGUGUGCCGUUCUCCCGGCCAUCAUUCUCUGGCAAACGCAGAUGAAGCUCUCGACCAAGAUCGUGGUUUCCACCAUCCUUUCUUUCGGCUCCUUUGCUUCCAUCUGCACCAUGAUUCGCACUCCCUAUAUCGACCACUACAACCGCCCCUUGGACGACUUUGCCUACCACAUCGCCAACAUCCCUCUUUGGUCCAAUGUUGAGACCGCCGUUGGCAUUGUUGCCGGAUCGCUUCCCGCCCUGCGCCAACUCGUCACGCGCCACGUCGCGAGCCAAAGUGCAACCAAAGGCACGGGUGGCUCCAGCGGACUCAACCCGUCGUCCGCCGCGCUCGUCACCAUCGGCGGCUCGGGAGGGACGAACAAGAGCAAGAUCCGCAAGGGCUUGAAGUCGAACUUUGAGGUGGGCGACGCAGAACAUGGCGACUGGACCCGCCUCGACGAGGAUACUGCUUCGGACAAGGAGAGCACCGUGCCCAUUCGCGGCAUCCGCAAGGAGACGACCUAUGCGGUCGAGAUGUCUCCGUUCGACGGGCACAAGUAAAUGAAAAAAGAAAAAAGAAAAACCACAACGGGGUAAAACACAAGGAGGAGGAAGAGCUGUACUCGUCAGGCAUGCGUUGAUUUCAGGGCGUCAUCUUUUGACCGGCUGUGGACCGUCGAUCCCGCCCAGUUGUUGCGGCGAGGCUAGGCCCACUGGCACUCAAUGGAAUAGAGCAUUCAAGUGCUGGAUCGACCGGCCACUUGUGCUCGUUGUUGUUCUGGAUUCAAAUGCACAGACCAACCACGUGGAUUCAAUGCCGGAACUCUCAUGUACUCCAUAUAUUGUGAAUACUAUGUUGUCAAUGGG